AUGAUGCUGCUCAGCCCAGCCAGCUGUCGCACUGAGCUCAGAGCACUAUGUAUCAGACGUGAAAUCAAAAAGCAAAACAAACGCUGCAACAACCAGAAAAAGAAGGGAUGGCUGCAAAGGGUUGGCCCCAGAGUCUGGCACCGAGUGAGCAAGAAAAUGCCCCUCGUGGAAACCAUCAAGAGAAAGCGCCAUGAGAGUCUAACCGCAAGAGGGCCGUUUCAGCCAAUCCUGUUGCCUUCCGAUAUCGAGGGUAUUCAAGCGGUCACGAUGCCUAGUACACCAGAGCCGCCUGAAGAAGCCUAUUCAUAUAGUGACAUUUCUGGAGAGCUCUCAGAUAGUUCAUCCAUGAGGGAAGACAUGUUCCACCUUGACGUGCUCGAUUUGCUGGAGGACCUGGCAGCAAUCGACGUGGGAACUGAUGCUAUCACUGGGAAUUUGGAUUUUGACACUUGGCUGUCCAUGUUCUUGUAUAAUACCCCAUCCCUUUACACCUCACAUAACAAUAAGCCACGGAAGCAGUUUAUCAAGUUGAGAAUGGCUUUGAUCAGAAACAAUGCAGGUCUGCUGCAACACCAGACUCUCUAUGUUGAAGGCCAGCAGCUCGCGCCCCUUGCCUUCUCCUCUCAUGGUCUGAUGGUCCCCGCCCCUUUCCUGAGUGCAUUCGGCUACCCGGGCACUUCCGGAGGACAUGUGAGAAUUGCAAGUGGCGCGAUCACAGAGCUAGAUGCUCCGUACGAUAUGGUAAUGACGCUCAGAGGGAUGACUCUGGCCUGGACAAUGACAAGACCCACGUCGUGGUCUCUUCUCUUCCUCCCCUCCUCCCUCCUCCCUCCCGCAAGCGCCCCCGGCCACCACCCAGCCCCGGUGCUGGCCUUCCCCAGGUCAUCCGGCGCCGAGGAGGCCCGUGAUCACUUGUACGGGGACUGA